GUGACAGCGCUGGCCUCUUCCUCUCCCUCGGCCGCGGUGCCCGGGUCGGGCUGAAGGGGGAGGAACCUGAGCUCGGUCCGAGCGGAGCCUCUCCGAGCUGCCCCGGCUUGCAGUGCUCCGCUUUCCGGGCGCGGAAUUCUGGCUUCUCCACUCCCGGCGCCCCAAGUCCCCCCUCCGUGACCUCCCAGGGGGCCGCCCAAACACCCGUCAUUUUCCCUUUUUUUUUUUCUUCUUUUUCUUUUUCUUUUUUCUUUUUUACGGUGAACACCGAGCCGUGUCUGAAUGCUCCUCGACCGAAUACUUCCACUCCACCCUAGUGCGCCCGAGCGCGAUCAGGGUUUCUGUCGAGGCUCCAGUGCGUCUCCUUUCUGGAGGGCGCGCAGGGAUGUGUGUGUGUGUGUGUGUGUGUGUGUGUGCGCGCGCGCGCGCGCAGAGAGAGAGUGCGUGUGUGUGUGAGUGUACACACGCAGGGGGCUGACAGCCUGCAACUUGGAGACUUCGGCCAGGGCUGGCGUUAUCUGGUAGAAGUGGGCGUGUCGGAGAAAGAACUCAACAGCUGAUGAUAUUCUCUGAUGGACUCCAAGGAAUCAUUAAGCCCCCCCAGUAAAGAAGAAAUCUCUAGCAGUGUGCUUGGUCGGGAGAGGGGAAAUGUGAUGGACUUCUAUAAAACCCUAAGGGGAGGAGCUUCUGUGAAGGUUUCUGCAUCUUCACCGUCACUGGCCGCUGUUUCUCAGUCAGACUCCAAGCAGCAAAGACUUUUGGUGGAUUUUCCAAAAGGCUCAGGAAGCAAUGCACAGCAGCCGGAUCUGUCCAAGGCAGUUUCGCUGUCAAUGGGACUGUAUAUGGGAGAGACAGAAACAAAAGUAAUGGGAAAUGAGCUGGGAUUCCCACAGCAGGGCCAAAUCAGCCUUUCCUCUGGGGAAACAGACUUUCAGCUUCUGGAAGAAAGCAUCGCAAACCUCAAUAGGUCGACCAGUGUUCCCGAGAACCCCAAGAGCUCAGCGACUGUUGCUGUUGCUGCUGCCCCCACAGAGAAGGAGUUUCCAAAAACACUCUCUGAUGUCUCUUCAGAACAGCAAAAUUUGAAGGGCCAGACUGGCACCAACGGGGGCAAUGUGAAGUUGUAUACCACAGACCAAAGCACCUUUGACAUUUGGAGGAAAAAACUCCAGGAUUUGGAAUUUUCUUCUGGGUCCCCAGAUAAAGAGACAAGUGAGAGUCCUUGGAGAUCAGACCUCUUGAUAGAUGAAAACUGUUUGCUUUCUCCUUUGGCAGGAGAGGAUGAUCCAUUCCUUUUGGAAGGAAACUCGAAUGAGGACUGUAAGCCUCUCGUUUUACCGGACACUAAACCUAAAAUUAAGGAUAAUGGAGAUCUGAUCUUAUCAAGCCCCAACAGUGUGUCACUGCCCCAAGUGAAAACAGAAAAAGAAGAUUUCAUUGAACUCUGCACCCCUGGGGUAAUUAAGCAGGAGAAACUGGGCCCAGUUUAUUGUCAGGCAAGCUUUUCUGGGGCAAAUAUAAUUGGUAAUAAAAUGUCUGCCAUUUCUGUUCAUGGCGUGAGUACCUCUGGGGGCCAGAUGUACCACUAUGACAUGAAUACCGCAUCCCUUUCGCAACAACAGGAUCAGAAGCCUAUUUUCAAUGUCAUUCCACCAAUUCCUGUUGGUUCAGAAAAUUGGAAUAGGUGUCAAGCAUCUGGAGAUGACAACUUGGCUUCCUUGGGGACUUUGAACUUCCCUGGCCGAUCGGUGUUUUCUAAUGGCUAUUCAAGCCCUGGAAUGAGACCAGAUGUAAGCUCUCCUCCAUCCAGCUCUGCAGCGGCAACGGGACCACCUCCCAAACUCUGCCUUGUGUGCUCUGAUGAAGCUUCGGGGUGUCACUACGGGGUCUUGACUUGUGGAAGCUGUAAAGUAUUCUUCAAAAGAGCAGUGGAAGGUAGACAGCACAAUUAUCUUUGUGCUGGAAGAAAUGAUUGUAUCAUUGAUAAGAUUCGAAGAAAAAACUGUCCAGCGUGCCGCUAUCGAAAAUGUCUUCAGGCUGGAAUGAACCUGGAAGCUCGAAAAACAAAGAAAAAGAUAAAAGGAAUUCAGCAGGCCACCCCCGGAGUGUCUCAAGAAACUUCUGAAAACCCUGCUAACAAAACGGUAGUUCCUGCAACAUUACCACAGCUCACCCCUACCCUGGUGUCCCUGCUGGAGGUCAUCGAACCUGAGGUGUUAUACGCAGGGUAUGAUAGCUCAUUGCCAGAUUCAACUUGGCGGAUCAUGACCACACUCAACAUGUUAGGCGGGAGGCAAGUGAUUGCAGCAGUGAAAUGGGCCAAGGCGAUACCAGGAUUCAGGAACUUACACCUGGAUGACCAAAUGACCCUACUGCAAUAUUCAUGGAUGUUCCUCAUGGCAUUUGCCCUGGGGUGGAGAUCAUACAGACAAUCAAGUGCAAACAUGCUGUGUUUUGCUCCUGAUCUGGUUAUUAAUGAGCAUAGAAUGACUCUACCCUGCAUGUAUGAACAAUGUAAACAUAUGCUGUAUGUUUCCUCUGAGUUACACAGGCUUCAGGUAUCUUAUGAAGAGUAUCUCUGUAUGAAAACCUUACUGCUUCUCUCUUCAGUUCCUAAGGAAGGUUUGAAGAGCCAAGAGCUAUUUGAUGAAAUUAGAAUGACCUACAUCAAAGAGCUAGGAAAAGCCAUUGUCAAGAGGGAAGGAAACUCCAGUCAGAACUGGCAGCGGUUUUAUCAACUGACAAAACUCUUGGACUCCAUGCAUGAUGUGGUUGAAAAUCUCCUUAACUUUUGCUUCCAAACAUUUUUGAAUAAGACCAUGAGUAUUGAAUUCCCAGAGAUGUUAGCUGAAAUCAUCACCAAUCAGAUACCAAAAUAUUCAAGUGGAAAUAUCAAAAAACUUCUGUUUCAUCAAAAGUGACUGCCUUAAUAAGAAAGGUUGCCUUAAAGAAAGUUGAAUUUAUAGCUUUUGUUGUACAAACUAUCAAUUUGUCCUGUAGCAGUUUUGCUGUUUUAUUUUUUUCUCUUUCGUUUUCGUCUGGUCCUUGGUUUUGUUCUGUUUUGUUUUAAAUACGCACUACAUGUGGUUUAUAGAGGGGCCAAGACUUGGCAACAGAGGCCCUUGGCCAUCACUCUUCAGUGGUGGGCCAAGUAGAGAGUGAUGGUUGGUGGGUCCCGGGAAUCAGCAGCAGUCACAGUGGGGGAGCCCCCACCUGCCAGAGAAGGACGGCGCCUAAACCGCCAGUGCCCGAAGUCUGCGUGACAAACUUUCUGCUCAUACUUUUCACAGUUGGCUGGACAAAAUUUCCUAGACUUUUUGUUGGUGUAUUUUCCCCUGUAUAGUUAGGAUAGCAUUUUUUGAUUUAUGCAUGGAAACCUGAAAAAAAGUUUACAAGUGUCUAUCAGAAAAGGGAAGCUGUGCCUUUUAUAGCUAUUACUGUCUGGUUUUAACAAUUUCCUUUAUAUCCAGUGAACUACGCUUGCUCAUUUUUUCUUACAUAAUUUUUGUAUUCAAGUUAUUGUACAGCUGUUUAAGAUGGGCAGCUAGUUCAUAGCUUUCCAAAAUAAACUCUAAACAUUAAUCAUCUGUGUGAAAAUGGGUUGGUGCUUCUAACCUGAUGGCACUUAGCUAUCAGAAGACCACAAAAAUUGACUCCUAUCUCCAGUAUUCUCGUCAAAAAAAAGCUCAUAUUUUGUAUAUAUCUGCUUCAGUGGAGAAUUAUAUAUAGGUUGUGCAAAUUAACCGCCCUAACUGGCGUAGAGCACCUAGUCCGGUGACCUGCUCCGUAAACCGUGGAUGAUGGUUGCAAAAGAAAUUAAAAACAAACAAACACGAAAACUACCAAGAGGCCCUGUUUGUACUUAAUGGCCUGUCUCUGCAAUGGUUAGAUGGCAAGAAAGUCGGUAAACUGUCUUUCAGGACCUUUCGCUGUAGUUUGUAUACCUUCUUAAAAGUGAUGAUUCCAAAGAACCAGCUGAGACACAACUGAGAGAUUGGAAUCAGACCAAGUAUUUCCGGUCACUAAACUUCACCCCCAAAAUAAAUCUCCAACGUGGAAAAAGUAGCCAGACACCCAUUUUCACAUUCCCAUCUGUCACCAAUUGGUCUACCUUUCCUGGCGGUACAGGAAAGUUCAGCUACUGACUUUUGUGAUUUAGAACUGUCAGACUUCCAUGUUCUUGCAACUCCACAUGCCUCACAUCCCUCCGUGUGCCAUAGAGUUUAACACAAGUCUUGUGAACUUCUCCUCCUCGCUGUUGAGAAAGAUCAUUUUAAACAAAGUAGGAGCUGUAGUAGCCCUUUCUGUGUGCACCUUACCAACUUUCUGUAAACUCAACUUCUAUUUACUAAGCCACAAGAAAGCUGAUUUCUAUUCAAAGUGGCCAAAUUAUUUGUGUAAUAGAAAACUGAAAAUCUAAUAUUAAACAUACGAAACUUCUAAUAUAUUUUUAUAUUUAGUUAUAGUUUCAGAUAUAUAUCAUAUUGGUAUUCACUAAUCUGGGAAGGGAAGGGCUACUGCAGCUUUACAUGCAAUUUAUUAAAAUGAUUGUAAAAUAGCUUGUAUAGUGUAAAAUAAGAACGAUUUUUAGAUGAGAUUGUUUUAUCACGACAUGCUAUAUAUUUUUUGUAGGGGUCAAAGAAAUGUCGACGGAUAACCUAUAUGAUUUCUAGCGUGGGUGAGCAUUCAUACAGGCAGCAGUGGUCUCAGAAACCAAACGGGUUUGCUCUAGGGGAAGAGGGGGAUGGAAACCGGCCCUGUGUGCGGGGGAGGCGGCUGAGGCUCCGUCCCAUUUGGAUCCUCUGCCUCCCGCAACCACCGCCCUUCUCAUUCCAGCAGGGAGCCUGUCGGUCAGUGCCGGUUCGGUUUGCCGAGUCUCCCCUGGCCCCUGGCGGGCAGGCGUGCGAGCGAACGGGACAGAAAGGUGGUGCCCGCGCGCGUCCGAGCACCACGUGAUCGCACGGUUCCUUUCCCAGACAGCCUCUCCAGCGGUGUCAUCAACACAGAGGCCUCAGAAGUUUGGCAAUAAUAUGCGUAGAGGUACCAGCAAUAUGUAAAUAGUGCAGAAUCUCCUAGGUUGCCAAAUAAUACACUAAUUCCUUUCUAUCCUACAAGAGUUCAUUUCCAAACAGAAUGAGUACACGUCUGUGUUUUCUUUGAAUGCUUUUUUGAAUGUUACUUGUUAUUUUUCAGUAUUUGGAGAAAUUAUUUAAUAAACAAGUGUAAUCAUUUGCUUUUUGAAUGCUCUCUAAAAGGGAAUGUUCCUUUCGUAAUGGUUUAAAUUGAGCUCAGAGUAUUUUAAGAUGGUUUAUAACCCAGAUGGAUGUGAAAUUUUUGGUGCCUAAGAAAUACCGCUUGGAUAUUAUUAUCAAUGACAGUGUUAAGUUUCAAAAAGAGCUUAUGAAAGGUAAAUUAUUCAUAUAAUAUAGAAUAUUAUAUGGUUAAAACCAGAAAGCACAUCACACAUUAAUCUUAUUUCAGUCCCAAUCUCGGUUCUCAAAAAAUAGAACUCAGUGAAAAAAAGGUAUGUACACUUUGUGAAAAGAAAAUCAACUGACAUCCGUGGAAGUAGGAGGCUGUACCUUAAAUGGAAAAAGAAGUUGUGCCCUUUUAGAGUAAGUGGGAAAGAAGAAGUUUAUCUUAACUACCUUUGAAUACAGUUAACAAUUUAAGGGAGAAAAGAUAUGGUGCUAUUUGAAAGCAACUUCAUUUUCUGUGUAUGUGGUAUCUUGCCAUCCCAGAUUAAGUUUGUACUAACUUCAGUGAGAACUGGCCACCGCAGAUCCUGAAAAGUAUUUUUCAUUAGCGGUAGAAAAAUAGGGCCUUCUCAGUGUUUUAAGGCCUUGCCGUGGGAGACCUUACAAGUAGCCUGUGGGGUACAUAUAGCCAACUGUCUAAAAACUAGGAGAAGGGAACCUAAAAGAUCAUCUACCUUCUCCUGGAGAGAAAAAGAAAUGGACACACCAGUGGGAAGACCGACAUGACCAGGGUCUGUGAAGAGCUUGAUAAUUAGCAUCAGAGAGCUCGGGAUGUGCAUGCAAAGGAAAGCCAGCCUCAUUUCAGAACUGGUGGGUGGGAGGGGUGGGGCAAUUCCGAUUUUACUUCUGUAUAAUUUUACUAUUAUUGAUAAGCCUUAUCUUCGUUUCGUGUCAAACACCCUAAAACCACAUCGCUGUGGAAUGAACAAGAUUACUAUACUCUGAUCUGUCGAAAUUCAAGAACCAUGGCAGCCCUCAGUGAGAUUUCAGUCUUGGCCCGUCGCCCUCAAGGCUGUAGCGGUAAAUGAAUGUGUUUUCAUGUGCCUGGUUUGAGAGUUGGAUGGGAGAAUAGGAGCGUAAGCAGGAUGCUUUAACCACUUUGAAUGCAAGUUUCAUCAUUUUCCAGACUAUGAUCAGUCAGCCUGGUCCCCCAGGGAUUAGUGACCAGGUUUUCAGGAAAGGAUUAGCUUCUCUCUAGAAAAUGCCUGAAAGAAGGAUUCUAUUUUCUGAUGAAAGGCUGUAUGAAAAUACCCUCCUCCAAUAACUUGCUUAACUACAUAUAGAUUCAAGUGUGUCAAUAUUCUAUUUUGUAUAUUAAACAAAUGCUAUAUAAUGGGGACAAAUCUAUAUUAUACUGUGUAUGGCAUUAUUAAGAAGCUUUUUCAUUAUUUUUUAUCACAGUAAUUUUAAAAAUGUGUAAAAAUUAAAACCAGUGACUCCUGUUUAAAAAUAAAAGUUGUAGUUUUUUAUUCAUGCUGAAUAAUCUGUAGUAAAAGAAAAAAAAUGUCUUUUUACCUACGCAGUGAAAUGUCAGACUGUAAAAUCUCGUGUGGAAAUGUUUAACUUUUAUUUUUCAUUUAAAUUUGCUGUUCUGGUAUUACCAAACCACACAUUUGUAUGGAAUUGGCAGUAAAUGUUAGUUAGCCAUUUACAGCAAUGCCAAAUAUGGAGAAACAUCAUAAUAAAAAAAUCUGCUUUUUCA